AUGUUAAUUUAUCACUCUCGAUUGUCAACUUCCGACUCUAUGCACAAAUUCAUUGAGAAGGAAUCAAGUUAUAUAUAUAUAAUAUUAAUGAAGAAAGAAAAAUAACUCAACCAAAUAAUAUCAGCAGUGUACUAAUAGUUAAUUAAGGUUACACAAUAAAUCAGAAGAAGAGAGAUAGAAAAAUUUAGCAGGUUAUACUAAAAGUAAAUUAUGAUUUGUAAAUAGAUCAUGA